AUGCGCUGGCAGCGCUGGGCCUCGCCGGUUGUUACGGUAGGGACCGACGGGAGUGCCGGGGCGAGUGACCCUGAGUCACGGUUCAUGGUGGAAGCUUGCUUUGACUUGGGUUCCGGCACGUCGAGCAAGACGCUUCGAGGGAGGAGCGAGUAUGGGCUUGUCAUGGGAUGGAAGAGCCGCGGAGAACACCUGUUUAAUUUGAAGUUUGCUGCAAAGGAACUCAACCGGAACUCAAAAAAAUGCGACAAAGAAGAAAAGGCUGAGAAGGCUAAAAUUAAGAAGGCAAUUCAGAAGGGUAACAUGGAAGUCGCACGAAUACAUGCGGAAAAUGCGAUCCGCCAGAAGAAUCAAGCCAUCAAUUUCUUGCGCAUGAGUGCCAGGGUAGAUGCUGUAGCAGCAAGAGUCCAGACUGCAGUGACGAUGGGCAAGGUAACGAAGUCGAUGGCAGGGGUAGUUAAGUCUAUGGAUGCCACGCUGAAGAGCAUGAACUUGGAAAAGAUAUCUGCACUAAUGGAUAAAUUUGAGCAUCAGUUUGAGACACUAGAUGUUCAGACGCAACAGAUGGAAGACACAAUGAGCAACACUACUACGCUAACAACGCCACAAAACCAAGUGGAUAUGCUUCUACAGGAAAUGGCAGAUGAAGCAGGUCUUGAUCUCAACAUGGAACUACCUCAAGGACAGACAGGUUCUGUUGGUACAAGCGUUGCCUCAGCAGAACAGGAUGAGCUGUCACAGAGACUGGCCCGCCUACGUGAUCAAGUUUAAGUUAAACAAAGCUGCAGCUCUUUGUACAUGCUUUCAAAAUUCCUGUUCUGUAACUAACUUCACUACACUAGAAAGGUGUAUACAGUAUGGCUUAGGUGUCUGAAUAUUUGUAAUAUAGGGUACUUCACUCCUAGCUUGCUGCUCUUUCUAAAUACAUUAAGUAACCCAAAAAAUCAGCUCUCUAAUGUCCUUUUCUGUACAUUUUGAAGUUGAUAUAUUUUUCGCAAGCUUUUUUCACAAAAUCAAGUUGAUAUUCUAAGUCAGCUAGUAAUGUUGGUACAUACUAGCGAAAAGAAAAGCAGAGCGUCAUUGAUAUAUAUUUUAAAUUAUGAAGUGAUUUUUUUUUUUUUAAAUUAUGAGAACUGUUUAUGGUUGGAGAACUGAUGUCUUCAGUUCCAAUGACUGUUGUAGAUAACUUUCUUACACAGCCAAACUCCUAGAACAUGCAAAGGUGGACAGCGUGGACUUCACGGAAAAUACGCUUGUUAAAACAAAGAAGUGGACUUCAGUCUGGGUUUUUUAGUCUUUUAAAGCUAGGGUAAUUGUGCUGAAAUUAGUUGCUCAGUUAAAAAAUGAGUUACCAAAAGCUGUUUUCAUAUAAUUGGGAACUUGUACGGUGUCAUCACUUUAGUACAGGAGGAAUAAAAUAUAUUUUUCAACU